AUGGGAGGGACAAUAUUGACUUUUUUCAACCAAAGAUGAAUUAUCCCAAGCCAAAAGAACAAUACGCGGCCAUUUUCGCUCCUUUCAAUUGCUGCUGUAUGACAAUUGGGUUUAUCCAGCGCGCUGGGGUUUUUGCUGCUUUAGCCAGAAACAUGGCUCCGAAGAAUAAUUCAUUCCAGAUAAUCUUGGGUUCAUCUUCGAUGGCUCGUCGUCAAAUUCUUUCCGAAAUGGGCUAUGAAUUCACAGUCAUGACAGCAGAUAUAGAUGAGAAAGCCAUAAGGAGAGAAAAGCCUGAGGAGCUUGUCAUGGCUUUAGCUGAAGCCAAGGCGGAGGCUAUCAUCUCAAGGAUAAUGAACACUAGACAUCUGGAGGGAAAUGAAGAAACCAUACUUCUAAUUACGGCAGACACAGUAGUGGUGUUUGAAGGGACCAUCAGAGAAAAGCCCUCAAGCAAGGAAGAGGCACGUAAAUAUAUUCAAGGCUAUUCAGGUGGUCAUACUUCAGUUGUGGGAUCUAUAGUUGUUACAAAUCUGACAACAGGAAACAGAAAAGGAGGAUGCGAUAGAGCAGAGGUUUAUUUCCAUGAGAUUCCAGAAGAAGUGAUUGACAGCCUUGUAAGUUAGCCAAAAACCUACCUGAGUGCUGAUACCCAUAUUAAGUACCCUUAGACUUAACUACAAGUUUUGCUCAGAUCGAGGAGGGAAUAAUCCUCAACGUAGCUGGAGGUUUGAUGCUUGAACAUCCACUGACGCUGCCGUUUGUUGACACAGUGGUGGGCACUGCUGACAGUGUUAUGGGGCUUUCCAAAAGUCUGACUGAGAAGCUAAUCCAAGACGUCUUGUAGUCAUUGCAGAUGCUUCAGUUUGCUGAUGUAAAUCACCAAUUCCUUCUGAAGCUUACGUGCAAGCUCUUGUAGUACUCUACCAAUGUGAAGAUCGAAUGUUCUUUAAUUGGCUAUGUCCUCAACUACUGUAUUAUUAUCAUUAUUAUUAUUAUUUUUUAAUUACCCUACAUCACUUCCCAAGAGAUUGAACCCUUAACGCCGUAGUUACACAAUUCACCACCCUUACAUUUGGUCUUUGUUCCUUGUUAUAUGGAGUCUAGGAAGAUCUGUGGAGUGCUGAUGUAGUGAUGUGGACGGGGAAGUAAACUCUAAGUCAGAAUUACACUUGUUAGAAAGACACUGUUGUCAUAACAGGUUAAAAGCAUUAAGGGCCUGGCUUUGUUUUCCGUGUCUUUUUAUAUUGUAAAACUAAUUUUUCUCAGAGAAAUGGUGUAUUUUAUUUCUCUUAGUUAAUUGC